AUGAGGAGGCACUUACAACUUCCAGUGCAGCCUGUCGAUCAAAGAGUAGGUCAAGAGCAAAGUAGAUAUAUGCCACAAGAACAUAUAGUGCCGCCGGACGAAACACGAGCCGUGCCUCCGGGUAUUUUGUCUUUUCCUAAAGAAAGUUUGAAUAACCACAUCUACCAGUUCUUAAAGAAGUCUUCAUUCCAUAAAUCCUCAGAAACAUUUUUUAGGGAGGCUAACUUGGCCAAUAGCGGCCCACAGUGUGCACUUAACACUGCUGAUGGCUGUUUAGGGGAGUGGUGGCAGAUAUUUUGGGAUGUGUUCAAUGCCACUAAUCGUAAGGGGGGCUCCGAAAUCACAAAGAAAUACUUUCAAAUAUCUUCAUACUGGCAACGAGAAGAGGAUACCCACAAACGCAAUUUACUUCAAGCUGCUAAGAUCCAACUCAUGUCAAAUCCAGAAAAUAACUUUAUUGUGACGCCACUGCCGGAUCUUUCUGCAGCACCCUCGAUAUUAAAUUUAACGUCGUGUGAUUCGCCACUCUCAAAUGUGCUAUACAGCAACUGUAACAAUAAUAAUAACAUCAUGACCGCAAAUAUGAACGCAUUGCAUGGAACCAACAACAGUACUCCUUAUAUCCAUAACACGAACAAUAAUAUUCCAAAUGUAAACGGUUCCCUUCAAAAUAAUUAUAACAGCGGCAUGCAGAAUCUCUAUGUGAAUAGGUUUUCCUCGGAAACUCAAAUUUUAGGAACUAAUAAUCUUUCAAGCACACAAAUAGGUCCGGUUGAUAGUGCAGCUGCAAAUUUUCAGAAUAUGACUCGUUUGUACAAUAACCUUCACCCGGUAUUUCGACCCCCACCAAUUAAUCCUCAUGGUAUUCCAACAGUCAAUACGAUGAAUCAGUACACACCAAAUGAACUUUCAAAUACCACCUCAGUCUUAUCUACCACCCAUUUUCCAACUGUUUGCAACAGUAAGAAGAAAACCCCAAAAACAAAAAGAAAAGUCCAAGCAAAUAAGAAGCCAGUUUCUAUCUAUUGCAAGGGGAAGCUGCAACUUUCAAGCUCGAGGAGGAAAACUAAAACCGUCACUGAAAACAAAGAAGUGAAAAAGACCCAGAAGGAUAAAGGUUCAAAUGAUAUAAACUCAUUAAAGGAAAAGAGCACUGACCAGUCAGCACUUCAACCAACACCUUUCGAUGCGAGUGACGUAACUAGUGUAGAAAAUCUUGAAGCUGCCGGACUAGUAGAACAUGGCAUUAAUGAGGAUUCUAUGUGUCGAGGUGCAACAAGUGAUACUACAACUUUUUCUCCCGAUACCGAUUCAAUUUUCAAACGGAACUCUGCGGAAGAGAAAUUAAUCCAUAAAAGAUCUAACUCAGGGAUAGAGCAGACAGCUGUGACAAACAGUGGCGGUGCAAAUAAGCCCUUAUUAGAGGAGACUGAAGAACCAAAGCCACCUUUUGCAUCAAUCUUGUUACCAAAUGAGUUCAAAGAAACUGACGUGAAGGAUGAACAAAGUGGAGAUGACGCCAGCAACGAUGCGACAAAACAUUGUUUGUCAUUACAUAGUGCGGGUGGUGAUGUAACACUGUUGGGAUCCAAUGUUAAAAACAAGAUGGAGGAAGCAUUAUUUAGCGAGCUUUGUGACUCGGUAACAACCGCAGUCCUGCCCUUUGAGGACAAGAUCGAGUCGGCAACUACACUUGAGAAACUAACCCUUGUCAAAGGUACUAAGGCAUCUGCAGAAACGCACGCUGAAGAAGGUAUGGAUAAUCAGAGCACUAUUCCUAACGAUGAAGAUAUGUUGCCUGAUAAGAAAUCUAGUCCUUUUGAAACCAAGGCAAAUUUCUCUAAAUGGGAUUACGACUCGAGGAUGUUAGAUGAUGUUCAGGGUACUUUUGAGUUUCAAGAAAAGAAGGAAAAAACCAGUGAUAAGGAGCAUACUGUGCCCGUAGAUACAAAUGCCGUGGAACUUUUUACCAGCUAUCUCAGUAGUAAUGAGUUCCGAUCUGGGACGCAGAGUGAGGAAUCUCCAGAAUUAGACCUCGAUUUUAUAAAUUGGACUUAA